AUGGAGGGCCACGGCUCAGCACCUACAGCACAGGAGCAGAAGGACAGGACUCCAGGGGCCAUGCCAGGUGUGACUCCCGUGCGAUGGGAGGGAUCGAGGCUUGCUGGCCAUGCCCACGCCCCUCGCUGUGCCCCUGCAGCGGGACACCUUUCGGUGGCAUUUAGAAAGCGGGAUGCCCCUAAAGGUGCAGCAGCACAGCUGAAUCCUCAGUCGCGAAAGCCAGGCUUCACUCACCCUUGGGCUACAGGGCGCCCCGUCCCCCGAGGGGCAGGACACGGCCCUCGCCGCCACGGGUCACCCGGCUGGCACGCAGGGGACAGCCCCGCCCGAGGGGUGGCACAGCGAGGGAGCUCCGCUCCCGAGUGCCAGCGGCACAGGGGUACGGGCAGGCGCGCUGCCCCGGCCGGCCCAGGGCGCGACAGCCACGUGUGGGAGAAGCCCCGCAGCCCCUCUCGCGGGCGGGGGAAGCGGAGCUCCGCGGGGCAGGCCCCGGGCACGGCCGCCCCCGCCCGGCCGCCCCGGCAGAGCGGCCGCCGCCCCCGCUCCCCCGGCGGGGAUUUUGACCCGGCAGCCGGCCGGGCGUGCCGGCACCUCCUCCCCGCGGGAUGCGCGGCCGCAGCAGCGGCGCCGCCGCCCUCGGGCACCCCUACGGAGGAGCCGCUCCUCGCCCCGGCUCCCCGCGGCCGCUCCGUCCCGCCCGCAGGUGCGCCCGCCGCGGGCGCUGCCCCCCGCCCCGCGGCGCUACCGGAGCUGGGGAACAAACUUUCCCCGCCGAGCCCCUCCCGGUGCCGCCGCCUGCCCGCAGAGCUGCCCCGCUCCCAGAGCUGCCGGGACAGCCGCCGACAGCAACUCUCCUGGGCCGCCACUCACCCUCGGGCGCGGCGGCGGGAGGGGCCGCGCUGCCCCGCGGCGCAGCCCGGCUCCUCCUCGCACACCGUCCCCCGGCAGCGACUCCCGCGGCGCUGCGCUGGCGGACCCACAACUUUCUGA